AUGCCAAGACUUCCAACCAAAAAUGAGCAGAUCAAUCUGCUUCGCAUGCAACUUGAAGUAGAGCAAAAAUCAUGUGCUAGUCUCCGUCAUACCAUCAAGGCUAAGCAAGCUACCAUUGAAAGUACUCUUGCGGAGUUAAAGGACGCGAAAGAAAGUCUUAUCCAAGCUAGAUCCACUUCACCUUUCAUGAGAAAACUUCCUACCGAAUUACGUCUCAAGAUCUAUAAACUGCUCUUGGUUAAUCCUAAGCUGAGUGAAACCGAAUCUAUUGGCAAGGCUGUCGAAUAUGGAAAAUCUGUCAAGUUCGAACUCACCCCAGCAAUUUUAUGUACAUGUAAAGCAAUUCACAGCGAAGCGGAACCAAUUCUGUAUGGCUCAAACACUUUCAUCAUCGAAUGCAUCGGUGGUUAUGGUCCGGUUGGCUCCCUUCAUGUCCCGCAAUCACCACUCACCAGAUUUACGGAUCCUAGCUUCGCUGAUUUUGAUGAUAGUGAUUCAGAGGAUGAUUUGGAGCGAAACUCGAUGGGAUAUUCUGGAACAGAGACUCCUUUUGAGUUUUCAACAUUCAGUGCCUUGAAGAAAGUUAAGCGCUGGAGAAUACUCACUGGUGCAUACAGACCGACUCCAACAAAUCCAGUACCAGCAAAGUCAUUCGUUCACUUUUGUCAAGCACUAUGUCAAGAAGCUCCAACACAACCACAAAGAUCUCUCGAGAUCGUCCUUGCACUUGCGAGAGCCAAUAACGGUAUUCCUACGAUUAGGACUGAGGAUACACAAUACAAAUUUUCUCAAGAUCAACUGAAAUAUCUGCUUCAGCCGCUGAGGCUCUUGAGAGACAUCAAAUUGGAGUUGAACAUUGCGCAAUUUAAAACAGACUUACCACAAUCUACCCAUUUGUGCGGAGCUGGUCCGGAGUAUUACUUUCCUUAUAGCGAAGCCCAGACAGUCGAGGUCAAUCUCGUGAGAUCUAUGAAUUUGGCAUUGCCUAUCCUCCAGAAAUACCAAGCUAUUGUGGAGGAUCUUUCACCCGUUGAGAAGGUAUUCAAGAUGUAUGAGCGAUUAGAGCGAUAUGUAGUGUCAUUCGAAAGAUCUGAACGAUUUACAUUGGACUUGAUCACUUUGCAAAGAGGUCAUGAAGGGAGUAGGAGAGAAACUCGUCAUUUUGGUUGGCAACUUCCUGGUCCUUCUCUUGGCAACCCUUUCAAAUCUCGCUUUCCUAUAUCGUAUCAUCCAGUGGAGCUCGCCUUUUCUAAAGCCAUCGUAGCCAAAGAUAAGGAGGAUGUCACAGAGUUCAAAGCUGCUAGAGCUUCCGUUUUGAAAGAACUAGAUCCUCAAUACAGAAGAAUGGUCGAUGCAUCUAAGAAGUUGACAGCUUUCGUCGAAAAAGAGAGACUUUCGGGAGUAUUUCAUGAGUGUACUGGUUGUGGUGUAUUUCAUCAAUACGAAGAGGAUCCAUACGAGAGCACUCUUGGAGAGGAUUUGGAUCGCUACAUCUAUGAGCUCGAUAAGAUCGCCAGUUUAUUGAAUCGAACUAUGCCAGAUCAUAUUCAAAUUCAAGUACAGAAAGGAAUCACAAUGUAUGAGGCAGCAUACAUUCAUUUGGAGAGAGAAAGACUUUUCCGAAAGUUACGCUGGAUGCAAAAGCAAGACACCGUUAUCAAGAGCCCUUCACAAAUCGCUAAAUGGACAAAGCGACUUAUUGAAGAUAUGUGGGAGCACUGUCAACGUAUUAGCUGGCAUAGAGAGUGUCUUUUCAAGGAUGAUAUUACAGAUAUUGGUUGUAAAAUCAAUAAAAAAUUGGGACAGGGAUUGAUGGAACAAGAAUUGGAGUGGCUCGAGGGAUUUGAGAGUGAUGAUGAGGAAUUUCAUGAAUUGCAUUAUGGAGAUUAA